AUGGGUCUCGGUAUUGUGGAUGUGAAAAACCGCCAGGUUCCAGGAACUGUUGACAUCCUUGAAAAGGAACGCUCCGCGGACCAAUCCCCUGCUUAUUAUUCGAACCUGAAAUAUGACCGCUCCGGAUCAGAACCCAUACUCCUGGUACCACAGCCGAGCGAUGACCCGAACGAUCCACUGAACUGGCCGUUAUGGAAGCGCGACUUGACCCUCUUCGCGCUCUCUCUCGUAGCUGUUCUCUGCGCGACAACUAGCUCCGUCAUGGCAGCUGGAACUGUAACGCUUUCUCGGUACUACAUGGAGAGCUUCAUGUCCAUCGCUCUGCUCACUGGAUAUCACCUCUGUGGAACCGGAAUCGCGGGAAUCCUCAUUGUACCGACUGCUCGAGUAUGGGGCAAACGCCAUCUCUUCAUCCUUGGGCAUAUUCUGAUGGUGGUGAGCUGCGCAUGGGCUGGUGGAAGUGGGAAGAAUUAUCAGAGUCUUCUAUGGGCUCGCAUCUUUCAAGGAGUCGCCUUGGCUCCAUUCGAAGCUCUAACAAACGCUGUUGUUGAUGAUCUUUUUUAUGUGCAUCAACGUGGCAAGAGGAUGGCCUUGUCCAACGUCGCAGUUUUUGGAGCUGCCUUUCUCACACCAGUUGCAGCAGGUAAAAUCACGAAGACCAUGGGCUGGGACUGGACGUUUUACUUCAUCGCUAUCUUCGCUGCUGCCGCUCUACCUCUCACAAUCUUCCUGGUACCAGAAACAGCCUUCCGGCGGCCGAAUUAUCUGGAUAUGCAUUUUGAGCGCGUGCACGAUCGAACCGGAGGUACGCAAGAUAAUGGAUUGUACAAGUCCCAGGGUGAGGAUGGUUUGCAGGAGCCCAAGCAGCCAUCGAAUAGCAACGGGGAGUCGUCAUUCGAUGCUGCUAGCGAAGAGCCCGCGAGACAAAAGGAUGUCCCUGAAAGGGUCUCAUAUAUUCAGACCUUGAAACUAUUCAAUGGGCGGAAAACGGACGAGUAUUGGUGGAAGCUCCUCCUGCGUCCGUUCCCGCUGUUUUUCCACCCUGCAGUCCUAUGGGCGUGUUUGAUUCAAGGUGUCAUCAUCGGAUGGACAGUCUUCAUCGGUGUUACUCUAGCCGCCAUUUUCAUGAGCGGCCCGCUUUGGUUCGAAGAGGACAAAACCGGAUACAUGUACGCAGGAGCUUUUAUCGGUGCCAUGGUGGGGCUCGUCUUGUCAGGGUUGUUGUCCGACUUCAUGAACCAAUUUAUGAUCAAACUCAACAAGGGAAGAUACGAACCUGAAUUUCGUAUCCUCCUUGUGAUCUUCCAGUUAAUAUUCUGUGGCAUUGGUUUGUACGGCUUCGGGAUCACCGCAAAUGACGCCGCACACUACGGUUGGCUACCACCGGAUGUGUUCUUUUGCUGCGUCGUGAUCGGGAUGGUGAUGGGCGCUGUCGCCAGUGCUUUGUAUAUCGUCGAUGCUCACCGCGACAUUGUCAUCGAGGCAUUCACAUGCAUGCUGAUUUUCAAAAACAUCUUCAGCUUUGUGUUGACCUUCUAUACCUAUGACUGGCUUGUGCAAGCGUACGUCCGAAAGCCGUUUAUGGCGAUUUCAAGUAUCCAGGUGGCCAUUUGCGCUCUGAGUAUUCCCAUGUAUAUUUUCGGAAAAUGGAACAGGCACUUUUUCUCGCGACAUGACAUUCUGAAGCUGUUAGGGUUAUGGUAG